CACUCCCCCUCUCCCUCUCGCUCCCCAAGAAGACGUCGAGGGCAGGCCGCCGCCGCCACCACCGGGAGAUCCGUCCGAGGUGACCAUGCCCACGAGGAAGCGUCCCCGGAACAGCAGCUCCGCGUCCCGGAGCAGCGGCGGCGGCGUCUCCACGACGUCGCCGUCCGCGAUGCGGCGGACCACGAGCCUGUCCGACCUCGCGCAGCCGCAGGAGAUGGAGGCCGGGCGCGCUCCCGCGCGGCCGGCGAGGGGCGAGGCGGCCGCGUUGGGCGCCGGGAUGAGGCGGCACUCGGCGUCGGCGGACUGCUUCACCGUGCCGGAGGCGGCGUUCCUCAAGGCCUGCGGGCUCUGCAAGCGCGGCCUCGGUCCCGGACGCGACACCUUCAUCUACAUGGGUGAGGUGGCCUUCUGCAGCCAGGAGUGUAGGCAGCACCAGAUGAACCUCGACGAGCUCAGGGAGAAGAAGUGCUCCACUCCGGCCGGUGGCGGAAGCGGUGGCGGCUCAGACCCGUCCGGCAAAAGCAGCACCAUAGCGGCUGCAUAGCAUGGUCACAGGGAGGAGAUGAAGAAAAAUUUUGGAACCCUUGUACAGGGCCCAAAUGCAUUAGUCUCCAUCAGCAUAUGUAUAUCCUAUAUUUGUGGAGUUACUGUGUGUAUAUUGGUGGGAAGGGAAGGGUGUAGAGAUUGGAACUAGGCAUGCAUGUCUGCAAUAGGUUUGCAGUGCAUCUGUGCCUGUGGGGAUGUGUCUUGAGCAUAUGGGGGACUGUUGAAUCCUGGUGCAGAUUAGGACCUGGAAUCUGCUCCUGUUUUGUCAAAUUUUCCUGAAGGAAGAACACAAGUUCUCCAAAUUGUUGGCGAAUCUGCUUGCUUCUUUUUAAACUUUUCAAGAUA